UGUGAUUCCAAUUCACUAGAGAUGGACAAUGUCCAGUGGACGCAAGUGGAUCCUGGAAUUCACUUGGACCUGCAAGUCAAUCACCCUAACUUGUGACGCUAGGACGCGAAGAGAAGCUGGGCUAGUUCUGAAGGACAAGAUAGCACAACACGACAACGAUUCUCUUUUUGCAAAUUUUGUAUGGGCAUAGAACCUGACAAGCUGGCAUUUUGAUACAAUCGGGACUAGUAUCGAAUGCAUGGAACGUUUUGGUCCGCUUACACAUACAUGAUAGUGUUUCUGUUUAAAAUAUGGGCCUGUAUAUAUCUGGGGCAAUUAGGCUUUGCAAGUGCUGCUCGAGGUAUUAUACACCGGCCGGAUGAGUACUGCAAGGCUUUCCUUUUUGCGGAGACUGACGUUAGCGAGUCAAGCUUUCUCUUUAAGGAUCUGCUCAGUCAAGUGGGUAAAUGCGGCUGUCGAAUGGAGUGGCGGAAGCGAGAAGAGUACAGCAAUUUUUUUUUUGAAACUCGGCGACUUCAUGGACCAAUAAUUCUAGCCGCAACUGGCCAUUUCUGUGGAGUUGGGCAGGUAGCACUGGUUCAAAGCCAGAGCGCUUGCUGAUGCUUGAAGCUCUCAAAGCUCACAAGGCAGCCGAACACAUAUUGCAGUGGGGAAGUCUUCAGCCUUUUGGCUCAUAUGCUGGUCGUCCUGUUCGCUCUCAAGACUCCAUGGACAACUGGGAAUACUCCAUGCUCAUGCAAAAAACACAAUUCAUUCCCUUGCCAGCUGGAAUCAGUCCGGAGCAGUUUCGCAUUUGGGAAGCCUUCGAAGCAGGGUGCAUACCUAUACUAUUGGAGAGGCAUGUUGGAGUUGGGCAAGUAUUGUACCCUUUGCAAUAUUUAGGUUUCAACAUAAUUUUCCUUGAUUCUUGGGAGCAGCUGCCUGAUAAGCUCCUAUACCUACACAAAGAAGUCAGGAAACGACCGCGGCGAUAUACUCUCAUGCAAUCGCACAACAGCAAAUUAUGGGCUCAGGUGAAGGGUGCUUUAGCUCGUCAUCUAGCAAGAGCAGUGUGCAAUGCUUCACAUUGGCAAACUGUGAGCAAGUCAGCUCAAAGCUAGAAUACACAUGUACAUGUAUGGUGUGUCAAAUUGUGGAACAUGGUGUAACAACUCUCAGAGG